AUGGCUGCCCAGUACAGCGAUCGAAAGCACCCGCGCACCAUCUGCCUGUUCGACGUCGACGGUACCCUCUCUCUGGCACGCCAAACCAUCACACCCGAGUUCCAUACUUUCCUCGCCUCGCUGCGCAAGCAAUGCGUCAUCGGUGUCGUCGGUGGUAGCGAUCUCAAAAAGGUUCGCGAGCAGCUUCAAAUCACAUCCACCGACUUUACCCAGGAGUUUGACUACGUCUUUGCCGAGAACGGUCUGACCGCGUUCAAGGAUGGCCAGCAGUUGGCCUCGCAGAGCUUUAUCGGCUGGCUGGGAGAGGACAAGUACAAGAAGCUCGCCAAGUUCUGCCUCAAGUACAUCUCCGAGCUCGAUCUGCCCGUCAUGCGUGGUACUUUUAUCGAGUUCAGAAAUGGCAUGAUCAACAUCUCGCCUAUCGGAAGGAAUGCUUCUAUCGACGAGCGAAUCGAGUUUGAAAAGUACGACAAGAUCCACAACAUCCGCAAUACCUUUGUUUCUGCUCUCAAGCAACAGUUCCCGGACUAUGGUCUCACCUACUCGAUCGGUGGUCAAAUCUCGUUUGACGUCUUCCCGCACGGAUGGGACAAGACAUAUGCGCUUCGCAAUGUGGCUCUCGUUGACGGUGCCAGUGUCGAGAACAGCAAGACGGCCGCUGACUUGGGCUGGGAUGCGAUCCACUUUUUCGGUGACAAGACCUACAAGGGCGGCAAUGACAAUGAGAUCUUUGAGGACCCAAGGACGAUCGGCCACACGGUGCAGAACCCACAAGAUACUAUGAACCAGCUUCGGGAGCUGUUCGACCUUGCCUGA